AUGGAGAGCCGGACGAAAACGUCCCAUGAAAACCUGGAAGAAGGAGAAGCUUCAACAACCAAUAGUUCAACAAAGGGUAACGAAAAUGCGACAGCAGCGAGUAGCGCCAAUACCGACAAACGAGCCAGGACCUUCGACCUCACAGCAAUUUUUGAAGAAACAAAAAGAACGGCACAAACCCAGUUCGCGGAAAGCCAUCUUGCCAAAGAAGAAGAGAAAGGCUCUGAACACUCUGCUCGCCAAGGUACAAGCAAAGCGCAAACUUCACGAGAAAAGGCGCACGAGAAUUCUGAUGGAAGAGGUACAAAUUCGGAUGGAAAUGGAGCUGGACCUGUAGCUGCAGAAGAAGCAGAUAGUGAUGAUGAUUUCAUGCCUUCUCUACCACCAGGUUUUGCACCCAAAAAUGAUCAAUCAGCUAAAGACGAUGAGAGUGAUGGCGAUGAUUUUGCCGAUUAUGCCGGCGAAGGGCUGCCUGUAAUUAAACUUAUUCCGGCUGCAAGUGAAGUUACGUUGGAACAUGGAUCUAAGAUGGCGGUAACCGCAAUAGCUUUUGAUGGACCAGGAACGCGAUUUUUGGCUGGUGGAUACGAUUGUUCGCUAUCGAUGUUUGAGUUUCAAAAGAUGGAUCGCUCCCUGAAAGCUGAUCGAGUUGUGGAGCCUUGCGAAAACAAUGUGAUUCAUCACCUUUCUUUUUCACCAAACGGUGAAAGUAUCAUUGUUUGCAAUGGAAGCCCCCAAGUAAUUCUUCUUGAUCGUCGUGGCACGCGGUUUGGGGAAACUGUAAGAGGUGAUCAGUACCUUGUUGAUUUGUCUAACACAAAAGGUCACACGGCAACGGUUAUGUGCAGCGUUUGGAACCCAAUCGUGAAAGGAGAAUUUUUGACGUGCUCAGAUGAUGGUACAAUUCGUUUUUGGCACUUAGAUGAUUUCAAACAAAUUACGAAGCAAAUCAACAAACAAAGAAAGAUCAUUAAACUAAAGAAUGCGAAUGGAAAACGAGCUCAGCCGCAAACUUGUGCUUUGUCAUUCGAUGGAAAACUUGUCGCCGCUGGAUGCGGAGAUGGCUCACUUCAAGUGUGGAAAAACUCAAAAAUAAUUGUUAGCACUACUUACUUGGUUCGAAAAGCUCACAAUGGUGCAAUUACAUGUGUUCGAUUUUCUCAUGACGGUAAAAGACUCCUUACCCGUGGCUUGGAUGGAGCCUUAAAACUUUGGAGCCUUGACGAUAAUAAAGCUCCUUUGAAAAUGAAAACUGGACUGCACACCGAAUACAAAGAGUCUGAUUGUGGCUGGGCGCCCAGAGGUGAGGUGAUCUAUGUGACCUGUUCGCCAGCGACCGAGGGUGGAGCUGGCUCUUUGCAGUUUCUGGAUCCUGAGACUUUCGAAGUCGUCUACAAGAUUGAGUACCCAAAUGGAGUGAGUGCGAUUCGGUGUAUAUGGCAUCCGCGUCUUAAUCAGAUGCUGGUAUCACUUUCAGAUGGAACACUUCGUAUUUACUAUGAUCCUGAAACAUCAUUGAUGGGUAUCAAGCAAUGUGUUACUCGACCACUUCGCCGCUCGAGAGCUGAAGAAGUGAUUAAGGAGGAGAUGAUCUUGGCUCCACUCGCACUCGAAAUGUUCCAAGGUCGCGGCGAAGAGCCGGAGGAUAAGGAAGUCACCGAAUGGCGUUUGCGACGUUAUUUGCGAAUGAAAGACAACGAGAUCCGAAAACCGUUCAAAAAGCCUGCCGAGAUGCCGCUGAGUGGUCCCAGUACCGGUGGAAGGAUUAAUAAAACGGGUGGCACCAUUCAUUCGUUCUUGGCACAACAGAUGGGAAAAGAGCGAAACAAGGAUUUCUUGGCCGAUAAUGAUGUUCGAGCCAGUAUCUUGCGCCACGCAGAAGCGGCAGAGGCUGAGCCACUUUAUGUCGCAAAAGCUUACGCAAAGACCCAACCGGUGACGUUGUUCCAAAACAAAAUUGCUGAUGACGAUGAUGAAGAGGAAGAGGCUCCAAUGAUGAAACGACCCAAAAGAGAG